AUGACGGUGCUGACAGGGAAUGCGGUGGCUGAGUUGGUCAGUGUUUGGUUGCUGCCCCUAGUUGAGUUCCUGGAGAUGCAGUGGGUUAUUGAACAGCCUUUUUCGAGCCUUUUUUUUGCUUGGCCGAAGCUGGCUCCCUUUCUCUCGGGUCCAAAGUGCUCAAGGGAGGUGCUUGAGUUGAGCACGUUUGGGGCCAUUUGCUCGAAGCAGCUGAUUCUGCAAGGAACCUGGUCAGGUCUUCCCCACUUGAAGAUGAUCGAGUGUGCCUUGAAAGAUCUUUUGCCGCCCCAAAAGGAUCUUGACCUUGCCAAGGCAUCACAACCGUCCGGGAGGUGGAUCACAGGCAACGAGUACACCUCCUUCAGUUGCGUCUACCCUGACUGUUUUGGAUGUGCCGUGGGGUUUGCCGAGUCCAUGCGGUUGAUGGUUGACAUGGGAGAGGACGGAGAUCUCAAGCCUGUUUCAAAACAAUGGGCCCUUGUUUUGAAAGCCUUUCACUACAUGCCACUGGAGGAAGCUAAGAAAGAAGCGGAUGAAGCAAUUGCUCGGCUGAAAGCCUCUGGGAAGAAGAGCUUUGAUAUGGACCCAGGUUGGCCUGGAAUUGAGCAUGACCUGAAGAACCUGGCCACGAUUCCUAUUCAAACACGUCGAGCAUGGUUGAAGGAGAAACGUGAUACAGGAAAGUUUGACAACUUCUUUCCUACAGGGAAUGCAAAGCCGCGCUGCUCGUUUUCCCAGGUGAAGAAAAAAACUAAGGCAACCAAGGCUUCAAGUUCUUCCAGCAAGGCACCUGCAGAGAGCCUCAAGAUUACCACUUUCUUUCCUUCCAGGAGAGACAUGUCACAAUGUUUCUUGUUAGUUUCACUUCUGCGUGGUGUUGUUUGUGAAGCGACAAUGGUUUUUCCAAUGCAGGCUUUAUUGUCUCACUGGUUCGUGUCUAAGGAAGAGUUGCCAUGA